UGCUGCCUGAGUACAUAGAUUUACUUUUAAAUAUUUCUGGGAACAUUGAGUAACACCCUGUGGGCGUGGGCAUCUGACAGAUCCCCAAAGAGGGUGCAAAGGAUACUAUGUUUCACAAACCCAGAGUGACCCCAAAGGAAGGAAGUAACUUACUUGCAUCAGGCAGGCAGAAAGCCAAGCCUAGUUACCCAAAGCGAAACAAGGAAAAAGAUGGUUGCUAUCUCUGGCGAAAGAACAAUCACAAGGGGCUUGAAUUUGGAAAUGAAAGGACAACAGUGAGAUUUUAUUUUCCUCUCCAGACUGGGCACCACAGACAGAGAUUCAGAAGAACUGAUUCUGACCAGCUGGAAAUCCUUGAGAAAGCACAGGAGGUUGUUCUUCCCCUGCCAUUGGUGUGGCCGGCUGGGUUAACUUCCGCUGGAUAUUUGCCCCGGAAGAUUCUGCAGCUUCAAGAUCUUGGGAGAUCUGACAUACAGCCGGCAGAAGGACCUAAGAGCCAUUCUUUGAAAUAAUAAACUUCAAAAAAAGAUUUCUCACCAGAAGGAAAAAAAGAGAGCGAGAAAAGGUAUAUAAAAAUCAGGCCUAUAAUGUUCUCUCCACAAAACAAAAACUGUAAGAUCUUUGUUUAUAUCUGUAUGUAUGUUUGUAUGUAUGUCCAUAUUGUUAAAUAAGAAAAAUCCAUCAAAGUAAAUCUUAAAGAUCUAAUUGGCUUUAUUAAUCAUUCAUGAAUUGGGCAGCAUCCCAUCCAACAAUUAGAAAGGAACUCCAAACUACUACAGAAAAGGAACUGUUUUUAAAGGUAGAGAUGGGGCGGAAAAAGACAGUUAUUUGCAAAGAAUCCACUGUUGUAGGCAAUUUGCCCUCCUAAGGGAAAUGGAAGGGGUCUCUCAAUAAACUUUUUGUGUUGACCAGGAAAUUCCAUGUUGUCUGGUUAAAGGUUACAUUCCUGGGGAGUUGAAACUGCAGUUAGUUUAGGUAUUAAGUCUUGGUUUACUGACUUGGAGCUUUAACCUAAGUAAUGCCAUAUUGGGCCUGUGGUUUUCUUUUUAACAAUGUAUAUGUUGUAAGUGUGAGAUUUUUCUACAUCUGGAUGGUAUUACUAAAAUUAGUUUGUAAAAGAGCCCUGUUUAGUUAGUUUGAAGGCAAGCGCUUAUUUUCAAGUUCACAUGAUUUGGGAGAAUAUUUGGUGUUAAAGCUAAUUUAAGGUUGUCGGUUUAAUUAAAAUAGACAUGUCUUUAAAAUUAUCAACAUUAAAACUAAAACGUUUAUUCUGCCUCGGUUUACUUAGAGUCAAAUAGGCUGAUACUAUCUCUGUUUUUAAAAAAUAAUUAGCUUGGAAGGGUAACUGACUUUGAUGUCUCCUAUAGUUUUUAUGGGUAAUGUAAGCAUCAUUGUUAAGAACAAGUAAAUUGAAUAGAUAUAAAUUUUAAACGGUUUUUAGGUAAACUUUUAAGAUAGUUUCCCCGAAUCUUUCUGGCAACUUGAAACCUUGAAGUUUUGCUAAGUGAUGAGUUAGGUUGAAUUCACUGAAUAUCUAAGUAGAUAAACAUAAGUUUAUCUACUUGUGGUUUCCUUAUUACUCCAGAGAAACUAAAAAUUUGGGUCUGCUGGUAAACAUGUUGUAUUCUUUAUUAAAAGAUUGUACUUGAAGAAGCACAUGUUUCUAGAAAUUAUGAAAUAUAUUCAUAAAUUUGCCGAUCUAAAAAAUGCUAGAGAAACAAUUUACAGUUGUUUACUACUUCACUAGAAAUUAACGUUUCUAAGUAUUAAGAAUUAUAAUUACCAUGUGACUAAAGCUGCUAAAAAUUAUAAGGGAAACAACUCUGUAAGAUGUAUUUUUUUUGUAAGAAAAAGUAUGAGGAAUGGCAAUACAUUU